AUGACUUUAAUAAAAAAAAUUAUUAAGAAGACCUCUUUGAAGUAUGUAGAAAAGAUCUAAAAAAAAAAAUCAAAAGACGAUUAAAUAGUCUAAUUGUUAAAAUUUUUAAUUUAACUCACAACUGUGGAUGAAACAUUUAUUAAAGGUGGGUCAAAUGGACUAAAUUUAUUAGUAGGUUUGAAAUAUGAUCUGACGAACCAUUGCUUUUAAAACAUUCAGAUCAAAAAUAGUUGUUUGAUUGGCAGAAAUUUUGCAAGUUUUGAUUUAAGUGGAUCUAAAUUUGAAAAUGUUGAUAUUAGUGAAGUUAAUCUAAAUGGAACUCUAUUGUUAAAUUGUAAAUGGAAAAACAUUAAAAUACAUGAGUUGCACUAAUUGUAAGGGCAUACUGAUUGUGUUUUCUCAGUAUGCUUCUCACCAGAUAGAACUAAAAUGGCAUCUGGAGGUGGAAAAAAAAAUAUAAGGCGGUGGAGAUUGUUCAAUACGUCUAUGGGAUGUUAAGACAGGAUAAUAAAACACCAAAAUAGAUGGUCAUCGUGA